AUGUCAACAGAUCCGCAUUGGUUAAAGGGAGUAAUAGCUGUUGCAGUUGGCAUUGGAAUAACGGUUGGUUCAGUUGGGGUGGUUUUUAUAACUCGACUACUAGAAAAAAAAGAAAAACUAUUAUUAAAACAGGAAGUUGAUGAAUUAAAUAUUGCAAUACUUGAUCUUCAAGCAGAAUUUAAAGCAUUAAAGAAAAAAAUUAUAAAACCAGGAAAAAGAUCAGCCUUAUCAAGUAGCACCAGUGUAACAAGUGAAGCUAGUUUGUAUACAGCACUAGGAACUGACGACGAAUUUCACGACAUGUCAUCAGAAAACGAAGAAUCCCAACAUUCAAAUAUUCUGAAUGAAAAUCCAGAUGGUAGUUUAUCUUCAGAACAUUUUAGCGAACAUUAUACUGGACCUUCAUUACUUAGUGAUGAUAUUUUUGAUCAAGUAGAUGAAUUAUUUGAAGGUUCUGAUGAAGAUAAACUUAAAGCUUAUGAAAUUUUAUUACACCUUAACGAAGAACGAACAGAUGAUAUUGAGGUACUUUGGAGAUUAGCAAAAUCGUGUCAAUUUGUAUCAAAAUAUUAUAUUGCAGCAAAAAAAAAUCUAGAAAAGAGUAAAUCAGUUAUUGAUGAAGGUGUAAAAUGGUCAAAGCAUGCCUUGGAAAUGUAUCCAGGGAAUUGUAAUGCACACAAAUGGUUUGCUAUAUGUAGUGGUGCUCGAGGUCAGUUAGGAUCAACUAAAGAAAAAAUUGAAGGAGGUUAUAUAUUUCAAAAUCACAUAAAUGAAGCAAUAAAAAUCAAUUCUCGUGAUCCAACUUUAUAUUAUUUAAAAGGAAAACUUGAAUAUGAAGUUGCUGUUUUAUCAUCUUUUGACCGGCGUAUAGCCAGUUGGUUGUAUGGAGAGGUACCUAAAGGUACAAUACCAGAAGCGAUUGAACUAUUUUUAAAAUUUCAACGCGAAUCUCCGAUUCAGCUAAAAGACUGUCACCUACAUCUUGCCAAGUGUUACAUAGCUAAAAACGAGUAUGAAACUGCCGUGAAUUGGUUGGAACAAUCAUUGGAGCUUCCCGCUAAGGAUUCUGAGGACAAAGAAACGGAUAGCGAAGCCAGUCAACUUCUCAAGAAAUAUUUAAAAUAUAAAAAAGUUUAA